AAAAAGACAUACCAUAUCUGGAGAGAUGUAGGCGUGGCAAGCGUGUUAGAAUAUUAUUGUAGGAAACUAAUAAUUGACGUCACACACGUCAAUCAACCAAGAAAAGUGACCAAAUAAGUUUUGGGGCGGAGCUUGAACGUCAUGUCACUUCCUGCCAGCGUAGUAAUCCUUCAUUUCUUCAGGAGUGCUAAAGCUUCUCAGUUCACUGCAAAGAAAACGUGCGUAUCUGACAACGGGACCACCAGGACUUCAUCCAAUGAAACAGUGACAUAUCAUCUUACCAUCAUUUACUAAAAUUGUAAAGAUUCGAUUGGAUGAUAUUUUCAGCUCCAGGAUGCAAAUGAGUUUAUUUCACACUAACUAGCGACAUAUUGGGAAAAAAUUUUCAUAAGAAACGUGAUUGGUGGACUGGAGAACGACGAUGACAGGUCAUUAUGUUUAUAAGGUGCUUGAUGAGGGAGGACGCCAUUUUGAUCUGGGUGCUAGAGGUACACACAACUACUUCAAGCUCAGCUUUGAAUUUGUUUCAGUGGGAAAAGAUCCUCUCUUUACAAUGAGUGGAAAUCAGCGUGAACCUGUUCAGGCUGGAGUGAGAGAUGGGAAAGUUGUCCAGCUGACAAGGGCCAUCACACCUUUUCCUAAGCCAAGAAGUGGUGGCUGGAAGGGAGAAAUUUACCAAAUUGAUGGAGCUGGUGCUGUGAUGUACCAGUCCAGACAUGUUCCAGCGCCGCUAAGAAACCAGCUUGGAUCGGGUAGCAUAAAAUUUGAAGGUAAUCAUGCCACGAUCACAUUCAACCGAAAUGAUGGAAAUCUUGCCGAGUACUUUCAGGGUUUCUGAGCAUCAUAUCUGGGAUGAUACAAAUCACAUUCAGAACUUGGGAUCCUGUCUGUGCUUUUCUUUAUUAACAUAAAAUUUAAGAGAUGCGGAUACUAAAACUGUUUUGAAUGUCACAUCUAUUUUAGUUGUCAAUGUUACAUUAUGGAAAAUAAUAACCGAGUAGAACUCAUUCAGCAUCAACCAUGCAUAAUUUUUUUGGUUCUUUUGCUCUGUCGCUUUACCAUGAGUAGACUGCUUUGAAAAUUCGUCUUCAGGAAAACGUAAAAAACUUUGUGUGAUAAAAUACAUAAUUUUAAUUGUUAUCCAUCGAAAAAAUGGAUUUAAUUAAAAAUUUGCGCGAGAGUAUGAAAAUUUCGUUGCAACAGCUUACUAUUUGUUUUAAAAUUGCUCGUAGUCUAAAUUUAUAUUUGUAGAAUGUUUUUGUUUGCCUAAGAAGAAAUUUGGGACAGAAAUGGUAUUUAAUCUUUUGUGUUCUCAUUAACCAUAUUUAAACAAUCAAAAGAGUACACAACUUUGUUUAGACAUCAAGACUAAAAAUUAAUGAUUAUAGUAAUGAUCUGGUUAGGACGUAUUAAGAGUAACUCAAUAAAGAUUAUGUCUGAACUUUAAAUGGAAUUCUAGAACUUUAAAAUGCCUAGAAUAUGGUUAACGAGUCAUUUAAAAGGCUAACAAAGAAUAAACUAUGAUGAUAACUUUAAA